CCACGACAGUGAAAGCUAUAGCUCUCAGCUCUCUCUAUAUAUACAUCCAAAGUGUAACAUAGGCUCACACCAACUAAUACACACUCUUUGAACAAACUAGCUAGGUCAGAAAUAGAGGAACAUGCCUUGCCUUUAUAUCACCACCAACCUUAACUUAGAUGGAAUUGACACUCAUCCCAUCUUUUCUGAAGCCACCACUGCUGUCUCUUCGAUCAUCGGCAAACCACAAAAGUUUGUGAUGGUGAUAUUGAAGUCCUCAGUGCCAAUAUCAUUUGAGGGUAACAAGGAACCAGCAGCAUAUGCUGAGAUAGUUUCAAUGGGUGGCAUAGAUUCAGAAGUGAAGAGGAAGCUGAUUGCUACCAUUGGAACUAUAUUGCAGUCCAACCUUUCUAUCCCAAGAACACGAUUUUUCCUCAAAGUCUUUGAUACCACUGCGUUUCGUACCAACUCCAAAAUCUAGUUAAUGCUUACGUAUUCCAUCUGCCAAUAAUAAUCCUCAUGCACUGUGCUUUAAAAUCAUCAUCGAUCAACAUUAUUAAUUCCUUUUAAACGUGCUUGUAUGCUUAUUAUUAUUAUUAUUAUUAUUAUUUAUAUUUUUCAUUUGCUGUGCUA